CUUCCUGACCUGGGACUUGUUUCCAGCUCUCGCGAGACUUGCAGGGGUCGGAGCGCGGGGGCCGGCCGAGAGGAAAGCUGGAGGCCCGGGUGGGGAACAUGUCGGAGUCGGAGCUCGGCAGGAAGUGGGACCGGUGCCUGGCGGAUGCGGUCGUGAAGAUAGGUACUGGUUUUGGAUUAGGAAUUGUUUUCUCACUUACCUUCUUUAAAAGAAGAAUGUGGCCAUUAGCCUUCGGUUCUGGCAUGGGAUUAGGAAUGGCUUAUUCCAACUGUCAGCAUGAUUUCCAGGCUCCAUAUCUUCUACACGGAAAAUAUGUCAAAAACCUGCUCAAACCGUCAGCUGCCUGCAGCCAGCCCAUGUCUGCUGGAGAGAUGGGAGUAGGGGAGCCAUCUCUGCGCCACAGCAAGAGUGAGGUCAUCACAGGGACCAUGCAGGAAGAGGCACAGCUGCGUGGCACUGAAGCCGGCAGCCGGCCUUUUCCACCACUCCCUGGCUCCUCGCUUUCCUGGCACCAGCACUGAUUGUGGGGAGAACUGAAAGGAGCAGAGAGAGAAGCUUCAGGUCUUUUGCUUAAAACAUUUCCAUUGUUCCAAACUGAGUUGUCAGGGAUAAUGGCUCAGGGGUGAUUAUAUGCAUAUUAUGUAUUUAAUGACUG